AUGGUUGAACCAAAUAACACUGACGGGUGUUUUAUUAAAAUAUCCCCUAACAUUGAUGGUUUUUGCAUUCAGCCAAGUACUACUGAAAAUGAUAAUGUAGAAUUAAUUAUGUUUACCAAUGAUAUAGAUCUUGGCAUAAAUGAUAAUCAAAACAUUUUAGAUAUACCUACUAGUAUUACAAUUAACGAUAACAUUUUAAUAACAACACACCAGCCUAUUGCAAGUAACGGUCCACAAGAAGUAAAUCAAUCAACAACAGACAACACUAUCGAAACUAGUCAAAAAACACCAAAUUAUGUAGAAAAUCAGCCACCAACAUAUGUUGAUCAAGCUCAGGAUAUAACUAUAAAUUAUUUUGAACCGGGCCAUACAUUUAUGUCCGCCGAUAGCUUCCACCACCAAGUGGAACUAUCGUUAAAGAAAAAAAAGAAAGUUUAUGAUUAUCAUGACUUCGUUAAGGCCGUUAAAACGUGUAAUUUGAAUCGUGUGGUAGUGAAAGAAAUGGGGGUUUCCGAUUUUUUAAUCUGGAAAGACUUAUCAUCACAGUCAAAAUUAAAGAAAACAGAGUCACGUAUUUACCUAUCACAAAUUGUUAAAGUAAUUGUGAAGAGAGAGAGCAAGAUUUUACACGUUAAGAUUGACGAUAGCGAGGAUUUGAUAGAGAUGGACUUUUUGCAGGCUAAAGUGUUAAAAUCUGGAAUAAAGGACCCCAUACCUGUGACAAAACCUUCUGGGAUUGCUAAGAAGAGAAAAGAACAAAUAUUAAAAAAUUUAGGUACAGACAAUCUCCGUAUGGAUGAUAGUUUUUCCUGUUCCAAACCAAAGAAAGAUCAAUGUGUGACUUGCAGCGAAUAUGAAAAGGCCCUCCAGAGGAGUUGUCCCAACCUGGACACCAGUCUCAAAACCGCGUUUAGAAAGAAAAGAUGUAGAAGCGAUGAAAGAAAAAAGAGCCGACAAAACAAAGAGCUAGCCGAUGUUAAUAAUUUUGGGGGUCUUAUCCAUUAUCCAUUUUCUGUGACUGUUCAAAGUGUGUUACAUUAG